AUGAAGUUGGAGAUCAACACCAAGAAACUUGUGAUUGCGUUCAGAUCAGAUUUCGAGCAAGCUGCCAGUUUCGACCAUGCUGGAGUUCGCAGAGGCACUGUUUCGGACCGAGGGGUGUACAUUGUGGCUGUGGCAAUAUCUAUGUGGGCAUGGUCGGACACUCAGGAGCUUGAGGGGACGAAUUCGCUUGUGAAGUUGCAUUGCAUGCGAGCUCGUAACUUGACUUUACCACUCUUGUCUUCACGAGUGUCGACCAAGAAAUCAAUUGGUCUUGGUCGACGGGGUGCCAGCUUACGUUUUAGCAAGAUCAAAGAGCGCGCGAUCCACGUGCUCGACCAGUGCAGCAAAGGGGUAUCAGACGAAGAUGUCGAGUAUGUCCGAUCCUUGGAAGACAGGUGGGCACCGAUUGGCCAGUCGAGCGCACCGUUCAUCGUCCCAGACGUGCCACCGAAGCCAGCGCUUGAUGAUUCCAUGGUGUGGUCAGCUGCCCAGAAUAUUCUUUGGCACCGCUGCUGCAGCAAACCUACAGUGUUCCACUGCUGGUGCUUGGGGGAUAUCGGAAUCAAUUCCGUUGUGUUCCUAUGUGCUGAGAAGAGUUGGUCGCUUGGUGUCUUGUUCCAGGCUGUCGUGACAUCACUAGGAGAUGGGCAGUACUACACUGGUGACAUCACUAUUCCAUUCAAGUGGGUAAUGUCUUUUGAUUUGUGGGCAAGCCAGUACAGCUUCUUGCAGGACGCCUCGCAUGAGCUGCCGAAGGGGAUGAACGUGGCGAGGUUGGCCAAGCGGCGUCGAGUCGACGCUGGGCCAGGGGCUGGACACGGAGAUGUGGUUGAGGAGGACGAGGACGGCGCCGACGAGGGCGGCGACAGUUCCGACGGCGGCGAUCACGGCGGUCACGGUGAGCACAGUGAAGAGUUCGAUGAGGAGGUCUUGAGAGAACUCGCAAUGAACAUGAUGGAGUCUGCUUACGGCUCGCUCGACGAGUCGAGCGUGAACGCCGAUGAGGAGGCGGAGGCGAUUGCUGCAGCUUUGGACGAACAGUCAGUAGAUGCUUGCCAGGCCGACCGCAUCAACCAGCACAGCCCCAACUACGGCAUCCACUGCGAGGUGGGCGAUGACGAGGACGACGCGCUGUUCACUGAUGAACCUCUUGCUGAUCAGUUGGGCGUUGUGCCGCCCGCUGCUAUAGACGCUGCGUGUGAAGCCGACAUCUCUCCCGCAUCACUUAUCUGCAAUGGCGGGUCGUGGGACAUGUCGGUCGAGGCAUUUGCAUCUGCGACAUUCGUUGAGCAAUCGAAAUUGUUCGCGCACGAUUUUGACAACCACGUCUCUAUUCACGGCAUCACCUCGUUCAGUGAGGCCCUGUCUGUGGCCAAUGUGAAGAAUCAACGUUCGGAUGAGCCAUACGUCGUGUUAUGGAAAUUUGCAUCGAUCAGCAAGCUGACCGCCGGCAACGGCAAGUUCUCUGUGCCAGUGAAGUCGCUUACGACCGACUGGGGAACCAAAGACCAGCUGCCAGAGCUGGCAAACUUCGGCGAUGAUCCAACGGCCGAGGCGAGCUGCGACACGCCACCAGCCACGCCUUCAGUGCCGGGCCAGGGUGACGAGAACGAUGGGGAGCGCAUGAUGCUGACCAGCAUGGUAGAUAAGUUCUCAAAGGUGACGUACAGUACGGCGUUCUCUGGCAUUGACGCCCCGGGGACUGCGUUGUGCAUGUUGGCUCUUGCGAUAUCGUGCCUGACUGGAUGCUCUUGCAAGCACCCCGAGCACAUCGCAGCAAUUGAAAAGGAGGAGCGGUUCUUGUCCGAGUACGAGCAGGAUCCUCAUUUGCCAGGCGAUUCCAUCGUGAACGUGACUCAGGACCCCGAGCAGCGGUUCAGGGCCUCGGACUCCGAGGUACAGACUAUGCUCAAUGCAACGAUCCCGUGGUUCGACGGGAAUGGGCGCAGAAAUUUUGUGAGGCAUAAGUUGAACGAUCGAGAGUCUCAGGCCACCUUGGAAAAGCAGGUUGAGAACAUCUUCAAAUUCGGAGUCUGCGAGGAGGCACGUGGAGUGCCUAUGGCAACACUAUCGGCUGGCGAUUCUCCCCCUUACAAUCUGUUCACGUUUGGCCACUUGUCGACAGCGUUCUACCUUGCUCUUGAACGCAACCCAAACAAUACGAACGUCAAGGCCGCUUUCAGGAAGGGGCUUUCUCGAGUGAUCGUGUUUCAGUUCUCGACUCCCGACGACGUCGUGUCAUGGGUCAAAACCUUCAUGAACUACACAUUCGGCCAGCAGCAAGUCAUCCAGAUUGUUGAGAUCCUGGAGUGCGUGUUCAAAAUGCAAGCUGAAUGGCGCGCGCACUGCUUCGCGAAUGGGAUCACUUCGCGGGGCCCCGCUACCGAUGACGAGAGCUACCGUCAGAAAGCAUGGGCGUUCGUUUCGGAGCACUUCAAGACGGAGAUCAGGCUCGGCAUGGUCACGUCCUCCACGCAGUUCGAGAGCUACUGCUACAUCGUCAACUGUUUCAGCAAGGACAAGUUCGACAACUGGACUCAAGUGCGCAAGUGGUUCAUGGAUAACGCUGUGUUCGACGAUGGUCAGCUCACGAUGUCCAAGGUCCUCUCAGCGCUACGCAGCAUUGCGUCAUUCGUAACGUCACUCAGCAACGCCAAGAGCGGACUACUUCAAGCUGGCUUGGUCUCUCUGUCGCUGUCUGACUGCCGGAUGGUGCUGGAAGAGAUGUGCAAGUUCACGGUGGUUACGAUAUACAAUAAGCGUCGCAAGGCGGACCUCGAGGAUUGCUGCUCCACUUCGAAUCCCAAGAAAGCCAAACUUGAUAAGAAGGAUACUAGUGUGUGGACCACUGGCCUUGACAAGUAUGCUACGAACACUGACUGGCUACUGCGAGAUGGCGCCGAGGCCAACACCAAGCUCAAGAUCCUGACGGUGGACAUCAAGACUGGGAAGGUGUACAAAGAAGCCAUCAGACGCCAACAGAAGAUAGAUGUUAUCAAUGAUGCCAUCUGCGCUGCGCAAUCAAUGACGAAACCUGCUGGUGCUGCUUCUGGGCGCAAUGCCGGGAAGAAGACGAAGGCUGGUGCAGGUGGGAUCGAACGUUUGUUCGCAGAGGCGAAAGAGGAGCCGACUGAGCAGUCCGAGCAACAACCUGACGAGGAGGCAGCACUGACCGACGGCGACAAGAAGGAUGAGCAAGCAGUUGUGCCCGCGGCAUCCCGAAGGAGAGGAGGCGGCAAGAAGGCUUCGACCACCACCGCAGUGGAGAUGAAGCAUAUGGAGACGGUUAAGGCUCUCAAGACCGCCAAAGAUAUGCCAAUCACGUGGUUCGAGGACAUGUGGGUCGGGAUGUCAGCGGCCAUCGACGAUGGCCUUGGAUCGGCCGCUUUCCACGGAGACGAGCAGAGGAAAGACCCGUCCACCGUGCAAGCUGUUGACAAGGUGACUUUCAACGAGUUGAAGAAAACCCUGUCUGGAUGGUCUGCUGUGCGUGCUGAGGCCAAGAAAACUGCCACGCAGAUUGUGCUCUCUAGCCCGUGCGCGUCGAAGAGUACCGUGGAUGCUGGGUGCGCUGCCAUGUCUGACGAAUCGAAGCUCAACAGUGCAGAGAAGCAAUUGAAUUCGGUCUUCUCGGAUGACACCUUCACCGAACAUAUCUCAGAUUUCUUGAGCAACAAUCCCUGCGAGGUCGACAUGUUUGUGAACCACUUACCAUGCUUCGCGGCGCUGAUGACUGCUGCCUGGAAAUCGUUCGAGUCGUAUGCCAAGGCAUCCAUGCCAACCAAGAAGGAUAAGGAUAAGCCACACCUGUUGGACGUUGGCUCUGUGAUGACUUGGGUUAUGGAGGGUUUCAGCCAGUGUAGCCAGGACUGCGCAGCUCUUGGAGACAAGUUCCUCAUCCCAGCGAAAGAUCUCGCUGUCGUUUGGGCUAACCCUGAGCAGUACGGUGAUUUCGUCGUCCCGGAGGCAGCCACUGCUAUAUUUCCAGAUAUGAUCUCCAUCGAGAAUUACCUUCUGUGCCGCGGGAAGUGCGUCAUCGAGCUUAUGACAGCAUUGCUUAUUCGGUGCCAGUCCCGCGGGAUUGUCUGGACUGUCAAUUCAGCUGCGAUUCCGAAGGAAAAGGUCUCUACGGCAGUCCAGAUCCUGAAGCAAGAGAGCCAGUCGAAGUCUGUCCUAUUUCAUAUGGACUGUCGGUGCAUUGGCCUGGGGCGUGAUAAAUGGCAGAACACAUGGAAUUCAACCUGCAGUCUGUUAUUCGAGGCUGUCUUGCACAAGUCGGUCACGGCGGAGUCUGAACAGCUGGACACAAUCAUUAACGACAUUUGCGUGGCAGCACAAACUCUCUGGGGAGUGCAGCAGGCGUCGCAGGCUGCCCAAGAGGCCUUCGACAAGGAAGUUGAGAAUGCAGGCGCGGUCGAGGCUGUGGCUGCCUCUGAUGCAAUUGUCGCCGCAGGCACUGCGAGUGAGCCUAAGCAGUCUUGCCCCGCGAGCGGUGGUGGUCCUGGUCUUACUACUUUGGGCACUCUUGGCGAAGUGAUUCGCUACCAGGACUCGUCCCUCUACGCUGACGCUGGCGAUGGGCCAACUGGAUCAGCUCUCCGUUCCACUCAGGUCGCCAAGAAUGCUGGCAAUAUUGAGAAGUUUGGUAUCUUCAAGGUUCCAGCUCGUGAGGUGACAGCCGCCUUUGUGAAGCAGGUUUGCCUGGCUGUCGAGGGCCAGCUGUUCAACCUCGCAUUCGCCCCUAACUGCAAGAGUGAGUCAUCGUGCCGUAUCGAUGUUACGUUUGCUUCAUCAGUUUCGAAAAAGGGUAGCAAUUCUGGCAUCAGUUCAAUCAAAAUGGUGAGCGAAAAGAAGAUUGUCAAGGAGUCUACUACUGACCUGCCUGAGGACACUUGGGCCCCGAAGAUGUUCUUUGCAGGUACUGUGACGACCACCCCUACAAUGAAACAAUCCUUCCACAUCAUGACUAUUUGUGGGGUCGAUGUCUCUAACUCCAAGGAGCUGACCGCAGACAAUGUCAUGGCCGCAUGCGAGAGCGGCUCCGAUACGAUGAUCCAGAUCCCGUUGUACGUAGGGUACGAUGAGACGCAGCACGGCAUCGUGAGCGACUGCCCGAUCCCGGCGUGGAUGGUCACCGCGAUUGACGCGACGACGGCUACCACCACAGCCGCGCCCAAGAGGAAGUCCAAGGCCAAACCCCCUCCUCCUGUUAAGUCACCCGAGCUACCGCAGGCACCGCUGACGGUUGCGUUUCAGAAUGUCGUGUUCGACUUGCCUAGCUGGUUGCACGUUGGCAACAUCAAGGAGUGCCGCGCGUGCCUGCCAUGCCUAGUUGCUUCUGGUGCGAGCUCGAACCCUCCAGUCGAGCUGUGGCGCUACCUCCUCCCCGACGAGAAGGCAAACCAGACAGCAACCGAUGCUGCGGGAGCGUCGGCGCUGCUCGGUGGCAACGCGCUGGCCAACUCCAAGAAGGCCAGCCACGCUGCCGCCGACGGUCAGGGAGAGCAGGCGGCGAGUUCGGCCGCCGCCGAGAAGAUUCCUGGGACCAAGAAUCUCUCUAGGAACGAGUACGCACACCUGCUUAAGUAG